AACAAAGUGACCUUCACGCACCUGCCGCCACAACUUCACUUUGCAUGCCUCAAGACCGCUCACCCAGGCGACGAUAUGAGCAGCACACCCCCGAACGUGGAAGGAGGGGACGUGAAUACUCACCUCCUCAGGCUCCUACGUACAGACGAAGUCGAAGUCGAAGUCGAAGUCGGAGCCCAGUAACCAAGCGGCGGAAAUAUUCGUCAAGGUCGUCUUCUCGUAAUGAAAGGAGAUCAGAUUCUCGGGAGAGGAGACGGUCGACCUCUCGUGACCGACAGAUGAGAAAAGGAAGGUCACGGAGAAACAGGUCAUCGUCAUUAUCCAGUACAUCGUCCAUUGAUAAGAAAAAGAAGAAGCGGCGGAAAGACAGUAAGGAACGACGAGAAAGAAAGGAGCGGAGAAAAGAAAAGAAAGAGCGAAAGAAAAAGAAAGCCGAAGUUCCUCAGUGGGGUAAAUACGGAAUCAUAUCUGAGAUUGAUAUAUUUUCCAAAGGGCCCGAGUUUCAUACAUGGCUUGUCGAAGAGCGCAAGAUAAAUCCAGAAACAAUUUCGAAGGAUCAGAGCAAGAAGGAAUUCGUGCGGUUCGUGGAAGAUUUCAAUACCGCAACGCUACCCCACGAGAAGUACUACAACAUGGAAGCAUACGAACGGCGGAUGUCUGCAUUACGCUCGGGAGAGUUUGUUCCCCCGUCGGAUGAGACGUAUGAUCCCCAAGCCGACAUGAAGGCGAUCAGUGGCGCACACAAGAAGAAGCUGGUGGAACGCGAGAGCUACAUGAGCCGCGAGCAACUGAUGGAGUUGAGGAAAGUGCAGAAUGAAAGAAUCGAGGCCGGUAAAAUGAAGCUACUAGGUAUGGAUAUAAAGCAAAAUAUGGGAGUACGGAUGGAUGGAACAGCCUUUGAGUGAUAGAUCAUGAUGUGUACUGUAGUUUCCUUAGCCGGUUCCAAGUGGAACAUAUGUAUAUGAUUGUCUGUCAUUCGCCUCGGCUCUUCCUCUCACUCUACCACCAUGAGCAAAAAAACUGACCUCCUUAUCCUUGGUGCAACAGGUAAGAUACUGGGAUCUACUUUUCUUGUCUGACCGGCAACAGGCAUAACCGGUCGCCAAACUGUUCGCUACCUCUGCAGCCAUCCCGAACGCUCGUCAUUCACUUUUUCUAUCGCCGGCCGCAGGAAGGAUGCUC